CGUUCGAUAUGCUGAUGCGUAAGCAGGUAACACCAUUGUGUGAUAAGAGGCUUGAAUUCGAAAACUUCAUUUCGCCAAUUACCACGGGAAAUCUCAGCCUGUGUGAUGAGACUCAUGCAAGCAGGAAUUAUAAACCUUUGGUGGCCAGUCAACAGAGGAAUGUGACAAGCCAAGCUGAAAAGAAAUUGACGAAGUUGUCGCGUGUUGGGAAAAGUUUAGAUGAUUUAGGAAAGACAUUUUUGAAUGUGAGAGACAUGAAGAUGUCAAUAGAAGGAAAAGCAAGAGACAACAGAUUAGUCCGCGACACGACUGCGUCUAUAAGAAGGUAACUGCCUCCUAGAUUGUUCUUCUCAUCUCUAGACACUCAUCACUCACUCAGUUUUCUACCACUCUCAAUUUAACCACUUCAUCCAUCCCUUCAAUAUAUCCUUCAACCAUAUCUUCCAAAAUGGCCGCUUCACAGAACGGAGGUCUUGUCCAUCAACAACUCAUCCCUGCGGACAGCAUCACUGCCUCCUACGACAACGAGGCCAAACUUCUGAUUCUCAAGGCAUCUGGCACCCAUGUCGAUCUUACUAGAGACAUCGAAUUCCGUCGUCUUCCUUUUGAUGGUGGUCUUCUCUUCGAGCUGAUCGGCUGGGUAGGCCCAGUCGUUCAUGGAGAGUCACCCUAUGAGAUUACGGACAGCUUCAACAUCGAUCUUCCCAGCAUCGUUUUCCCAUCCAACACUGUUGUUGUCAACACCGAGAACAAGCAGCAUUGGGUUGUCCCUAUACAGUACAACAAGACAACUGGACAGGCUGCCACCAAUGGUAAGGCUGAGGUUGAGCUGCCUAAGGUCGAGCAGGUCUCGGGAGACCAGAAGAUUGUUGUUCUUGCCGAUGAGCCCUUCACCAUCCAGCAGAGUGACUCUUUCACGGGAAAGGGUGGCUCAGCCAGCAUUGAUUUCGAUAAGAGCUUCCUCACUUUGACUGAUGCUCGUAUUGAAGAUGGCAAGAUCGUGUGGACUUUCACUGCUCAGCAGACUGGAACUACCGAAGUCUUUGUCUAUGUGGGCCAGACCCAGCCUCCAUUCUUGUAUCGCAUUCCCUACGUCGUGGAGAGUGUCGUCCUUGAUGACAAGUCUGUCCCAACCCAGACUACAGCCUCUUUCAGUGUGAACAACAACGGGCAAGGCAGUAGUGGAACAUACGGCGCUGCGUCCAACGGACAUAAGAACGGCAACCAGAAAGUCGGCCUCCCUCUGUCUUGGGAUGGGUUCAUCAACGUUGGUCUCAACCUCAUUAGGAAGCAGUAUCCCCAUGCCAACCUUCUCGAAGUGGACGCUACUCCCUUGACUCGCAAGCCUGUCCAGAAUGAGUGGGGUCUUGUCAACAACCGUAUUGUCUGUGGUCUCAGCGGCAACAAGACCGCUAUCAUUCAGUCCACUGGAUGGGGCGAGUUCGGAAAGGUCCAGACCAUCAACUCUCCCUUCUUGGGUGAUCAGGUCAUCCUCUGGCCUGUCACUCUCGAUAUCCACGAUGCGUUCACCAUUCUCCGAAAGGCAGGAUACAAGCAGGCCAUUUAUGCCGUUACUCUGCGCCAGCCUCUCUAUCCUGGAGAUGAUCAGCCCUUCUACAUCUUCAACACUGGCACUGAGUUUAUUGCCGUCGGAACAAAGGACAAGAAGAUCCACAACUUUGGCGUCUCCGAGUACAAUGUUCAGAAAGCUUAGGUUUCUCAACGGUUUCUUCUAUACCACAGACAGUAUUUCUCUUCUCUUUAGCCCAGAGCAGAUUGAUCAGGGUUAGCUUUGUUUUCCUAGUUAAUUAAUCCUACUUGUACUAUCCAACAAUGCUCUCUAGUAAACAAUCAGUAUUUAUUACUUUUAAAGCACAGCAACAAGUCACUAAAA